CCGGGGCGAGGCGAAGCCCGCGCCCAGUGUUGCCGCGUCCCUCGGGCACCAUGGGCUGGGAGGAGAAGCAGGUCCGCGGGUACCCCGAGUUCGUGCAGACGGCGCAGCGCUACCAUGGGCGGCCCAUUUUCGCACUCUUCUGCGGCGACAAGGAUGCCGAGGGCAAGAGCUGGUGCCCGGACUGCGUGACGGCUGAACCGGUUGUGAGGAAGGAACUUCAUAACAUGCCUGAUGAGUCUGUAUUCAUCUACUGCCUCGUAGGAGACAGAGCCUACUGGAAAGACCCCAACAAUGAAUUCAGGAAGAAUCUGAAAUUAACAGGAGUGCCUACACUACUUAAAUAUGGAACACCGCAGAAGCUGGUUGAAGAAGAAUGUUUUAAAGCAGAGCUUGUGCGUAUGUUGUUUACUGAAGACUGAGUCCUUCAGUAGUCAGUCAUUUCUGAAGACAUCUCAAGUUGUUUGUGGUGUCCUUUCAAGGAAUCCUUAACCUUAGUCAAGAUAAUUAAAUUCUAGGUCCCAACCGUCCACUGAAAUCUUGCAAAAAAAACCCUGUAUCUUUCUUUUCAUGUUAAAAUAAACUUGAGUUUGAAAACA